AUGUAUCACCAAGAAAACCUUAAAAAAGUGCGAGUUAUUCUGAAGAGAAAUAAUUAUCCUACUAAGUUCAUCGAUUGCAGUAUUAAUAAAUUUAAGAGCAAACAUAUGGAUGACAGGAGGGAUAAUUUGAGAGCUGAUAAGCAAGAAAAUCGAUUCAGGUUCCCUUACAUCAGGGGCUUAUCGCAAAAUAUUAUGAGAUGUUUCAGAGUAACGGAUUGGAAACCAGCAUUCUAUAACAUAAAGAAGGUUGGAGACAUAUAUACAAGUUUAAAGGAUAAGGUAAAACUGAGGAUAGGUCCGAGGUUAUUUACAAAAUUAAUUGUAGUUGUGGCUUGUGUUCAUCGGGUUUACCAACAUCGGUACAGCUGUGAAGAGAAGAACAAGGAUAAAGAAAAUCAAACGGCAUUAGCAGCUCAUCAUUUUUCUUCGGAUCAUAAUUUUGAUUUUGAGAAUGUUAAAAUUAUCGAUUCGGAGUCAAAUUGGUGGAAGAGGAACAUCAGCGAAAUGGUUCAGAUUUGUUUACAUGACACGGUGAAUUGUAAGCCAGACACAGAAAAUUUGAAUUGCAUGUAUCAUGGCCUCAUUGAAAAAUUCAAAUGUAACCGGAAACAUCCACGCCGCCAAAUGGAGUAA